CUCUAGGUAUCAUACGGCUGCAGGCGAGGCCAGGGAAUCUGAGCUCUAGUCUUAGCUGCUGUCCCUCGGUUAAGCAUCCUCCCAUACAGAUUUUAAGAGGAAAUUGUCAGAAAUCCGGGGCCUUCUUGUGGCGGGAUCCAACGGAGACACUGAGCCAAAGAGCAAGUGGGUGGAUAUAAGAGGAGUUUUCCUUAUCAGUUUUGGCUAGAAGUUGUGUGGAGUCAGCUCUUUUGAUCGAAGGAGAACAGAGUUAAAGCGUUUUAGCACCCGCAGCCCAGAGUUCAAAGCCAGAGUGAAAGCGAUCUGGGGAGAUCUAGCCAGCAGGCAGCCAUGACAGAAUGGAUGAAGAAAGGCCCCUUAGAAUGGCAAGAUUACACUUACAAGGAAGUCAGAGUGACAGCCAGUGAGAAGGAAUAUAAAGGAUGGGUUUUAACCACAGACCCAGUCUCUGCCAAUAUUGUCCUCGUGAAUUUCCUUGAAGAUGGCGGCAUGUCUGUGACUGGACUUAUGGGACAUGCUGUGCAGACUGUUGAAACCGUGAAUGAAGGUGACCCUAGAGUGAGAGAGAAGCUGAGUCAUUUGUUCAUGUCAGGAGACUGCAAGGCAUACAGCCCUGAGGAUCUGGAGAAGAGGAAGAACAGCCUAAAGAAAUGGCUUGAGAAGAACCACAUCCCCAUCACCGAACAGGGAGAUUCACAAAGGACUCUCUGUGUGGCUGGGGUCCUGACUAUAGACCCACCAUAUGGUCCAGAGAAUUGCAGCAGUUCUAAUGAGAUCAUUCUGUCCCGUGUUCAGGAUCUUAUUCAAGGACAUCUUGCAGCUUCCCAGUGAAAGGCCAAGAAUUAUGGACACAGUGACUGAAAUAAGACUUUUAUUUUUUCCUUCAUAAAAUGUUUUGAACAUUCAGUCCAUCUAUUACAGGACUUUAAAGGCAACACAAGUGUGUGUGAAUUUUAAUUCUUUACUGUGCUGAGAAAAUCAAAGACGUGCAUUAUGAGUGCUAAUACAUGAACUAUGGUAAGGAUAGUGUCACAUGAAACAAUCAGCACAAGGACAUAAGAAAUGUAAGAGUCUUUUGAUGGGGGUACACCUGUGUUUUUGUUACUCAAGAAAGGUAGUGGAAAAAAAGGAACAUGUUAGAUUCAAUAUAAAAUGUCUUAAGUCCCUUGCACUAACUAUAUGUCUGAUUUUCAAUGUUUAUCUUUUUUUUUUUUGAAUCAGAGUAUAUACUUUUUUGGCUGAAACUUGAAAGUUUUAACUAUUAGUAAAAUCUUAACACAUAAACCUCAUAACUCAAAGCCUCUAAAGUGAGCACCAGCUGGUAUCUCUGAGGAAAAAGGUGAAUGUGAUAGAUACUCUGCUGCUGAGUUCAACCCAGUUCCUUUGCCAGGUGGAUUCAGCCCAGACUUCAGAGUACAAUGCAUCUUGCCUAUAACGUCCAUUCCCCUGGUCAGCUUCACUGAGGGGAGGGAAUACAGGAAGCCAGUCGGGCUGGGACUCUCACAUGGAGGUUUCUGGCCUGGAAAGGCACCUCAGAUUUAGUUUGGGAGUCUUUUCAGGGGCAUGUCUAGAGUGACCCCAAGGUUCCCACAUCAGAUGAGAAUCUUAAGCCCGUGACCUGCCAGGAUGGGUUAGGAAACUUUGAGCCCUUGGGAAAAAUCCAGCCUGUUGCCUCCAUUUGUUAAUGUUUUAUUGGAACACAGCCCUACUCACUAGUUUAUUUAUUGUCUGUGGCUGCUUUUGUGCUAUAGAGUUGAGCAUUGUAACAAAACAUAUGACUUAAAUUUACACAAAAAUAGGGCCUUUUACAGAAAAAGUUUGCUCCUUGAACACCAGGGGUCUUUGCCCUCCCAAGGCUAACUUCCCUUGGCAGUUGUAACCUGGCAAGGUCCCUGAGGCUGCCAGGGGGCUGAAGUGACACUUCUCCCUAAGCUACCUGCAAAAGAUGCCAAUGUAAAACAGCUCUUUCAGUUUUCAUGUCCCUUGUCAUACAUACAAAAAAAGAAUUGCUACCUUUUGGAAAAAUUACUUUAAAAUAAGCAGGGUUUAGGGAGUCUGUGAUGCAGUUUGCUAACAAAGCUGUUUUGUUCUGUGUCGUUUAUAACAGGUUGUAUCCCAGUGCUUCUCAUUUGAGUAUUGAAAGCAGCCAGGGAGCUUGUUAACACAGAUGGUGGAGACCCUCCUCCCAAUCAGUUUUGACUCAGGAGGGCAGGUUGGGGCCCAGGAAUUUGCAUUUCUAACAAACUCCCAGAUAAUGGUGAUGCUGUCUGUCCCAGACCACACCUGCAAAAGUGGUUUAGAAACUUCAGAGGAACAAAAGUCCUUCCCUUUUAAAGUUCCAUGUUCCUAAAAGUGAAACUUAGCACAAAGCCUUUUUUCCCUGUUGACCAAGACACUCCCCUUCAAGCCCUGUAAUGUCUUCAGAAAGCAAAUAGGGGAAGGGGAAUAAGAACUAAAGAAAUUUAAGGGAAACUAUUCUGCCAAAAUGAGGGAGGCCUUGAGAGGUGAGAAGCCAUGUGGGAAAUGAUCCACAGCAUGUCGGGUGAGCCUUGGCCCAGGGCAAGGGCAUUGGUGUGUUGGUAGAUUAUUUGCUGUCAGACUAAUAAGCUGAGGACACAGAC